AUGCCAGAUCUGAAUCAUCCAGUUGGGUCGUGGUUGAUUCAAAGUUUUAACGCUCCUAUUGGAACCACUGCAUAUAUCGAGCAAUCAAUUCCAUAUCCACAAGAUGGUAAGCAGUUGCCCCAGGAUUUUCUGUUGUUCCAGCCCAUCACUGUUGUGAAGAAUGAGUUUAAACUUGCAGGGAACGGCUCGAGUAAGGAUGAUAGUAGAAAGCUUGCUUCCACUCUGUUUCCCUCUUUGAGUUCCCUGUUGAAAAGGAAGAAAGAUCAUCGUAGAGCUGAGGCUCUACUCAUUGCUGCCUAUGGCAAAGGGAUGAAGGCGAACCUUAAUUCCUCGUGUACUAUGAAAGAUUUGACGUCUGUUGUUGCAGUCUACAUUUUAUUUGCCAUAUCCACCUCUUAG